AGUUUCUCUUUCCUUUUGGGCCAGCUCCAGGCUCAUCUGGCCCCACCCACACCUGUGAUUGUGAAAAUCGCAAUUUCAUUUGCCUUUUCACUUUACACACAUCAGCCAAGAUUGCUCAUUUAGCCUGGCUAAAAAGCAGAGCCAUGCAGCCAGGAAAGCAGUUACCAUCUGACCAUGGCCAUUGCAUGGGUGCUGGUGCUAGUGACUGCAGGCCUGAGCUUGGCCAGAGCAGGCCCUGUCCCCACUUCCAAGCCCACCAUGGCCUGGAGGGGCUGUGACAUUGGCAGGUUCAAAUCUCUGUCACCAAGGGAGCUGGAGGCUUUCAAGAAGGCCAAGGAUGCUUUGGAAUAUUCACUAAAAAACUGGAGUUGCAACUCCCGCCUCUUCCCUAGAAACCGGGACCUGAGACAGCUACAGGUGUGGGAGCGCCCUGUGGCCUUGGAGGCUGAGCUGGCCUUGACACUGAAGGUCCUGGAGACCAUGGCUGACAGGUCCUUGGGGGACAUCCUGGACCAGCCCCUUCACACGCUGCGCCACAUCCACUCCCAGCUCCAGGCCUGUGUGAGUGCUCAGCCCCCAGCAGGCCCCCAGCCCCGAGGCCGCCUCCACCCCUGGCUGCAUCGGCUCCAUGAGGCCUCAAAGAAGGAGUCUCAAGGCUGCCUCGAAGCCUCUGUCCUCUUCAACCUCUUCCGCCUCCUCAAAAAGGACCUGGAAUGUGUCGCCGUUGGAGACCUGUGUGUCUAAGGACCAGGACCCUCCCCUUAUUUAUACAUGAAACCCCAGGUC